UGUGGCUGUCUUCAUCAGGUCAUAAACCGCUCCACCACCGAGCUGCCCCUCACCGUGUCCUACGACAAGGUCUCACUGGGACGGCUGCGCUUCUGGAUCCACAUGCAGGACGCCGUGUACUCCCUGCAGCAGUUCGGGUUUUCAGAGAAAGAUGCUGAUGAGGGUGAAAGGAAUUUUUGUAGAUACCAACUUAUACUUCCUGGCGCUGACCUUCUUUGUCGCAGCGUUCCACCUUCUCUUUGAUUUCCUGGCCUUAAAAAUGACAUCAGUUUCUGGAAGAAGAAGAAGAGCAUGAUCGGCAUGUCCACCAAGGCAGUGCUCUGGCGCUGCUUCAGCACCGUGGUCAUCUUCCUGUUCCUGCUGGACGAGCAGACGAGCCUGCUGGUGCUGGUCCCGGCGGGCGUUGGAGCCGCUAUCGAGCUGUGGAAAGUGAAGAAGGCAUUGAAGAUGACUAUUCUUUGGAGAGGCCUGAUACCUGAAUUUCAGUUUGGCACUUACAGCGAAUCUGAGAGGAAAACCGAGGAGUACGAUACUCAGGCCAUGAAGUACUUGUCAUACCUGCUGUACCCUCUCUGUGUCGGGGGUGCUGUCUAUUCCCUCCUGAAUAUCAAGUAUAAGAGCUGGUACUCCUGGUUAAUCAACAGCUUUGUCAAUGGGGUCUAUGCCUUUGGCUUCCUCUUCAUGCUGCCCCAGCUCUUUGUGAACUACAAGGUAAGGUGGUGUGUGCUGCCUGCAGCCCGGCCCCCGUCUCCUGUGCUGCCUGCAGCUGACCUGUGCCUGUCUCUCCUGUUUCAGUUGAAGUCAGUGGCACAUCUGCCCUGGAAGGCCUUCACCUACAAGGCUUUCAACACCUUCAUUGAUGACGUCUUUGCCUUCAUCAUCACCAUGCCCACGUCUCACCGGCUGGCCUGCUUCCGGGACGACGUGGUGUUCCUGGUCUACCUGUACCAGCGGUGGUGAGUGCGGCUGUGCACGCUCAGCUCUUGGUCCGUCUCAGCGGCGUGGCGCUGCUGCUGAACAGAAUGACGGCUUUCACGGCACCCUGCGCCUGUGUGUCCAUUUGAGGGCAAAGAUAAUUUGCGGGUGGUGGUUUUUCCUGUCUUGCCUAAACUUGGGUUCCAGUUGCCCAUGAUACAACCUGGCAAGAAACUGUUGCAGCUUUGUCUCCUCAUUGUGCUUUAGAAAUGCUUGUUUCUAUGUGAAUUAUUGAUUAGCCACUGAAAGCAAAUUUCUCUCCUUAAGCUAUUUACUUAUUCACAGUCAUUGCUAUUGAGCAGAACAGAGAUCGUAGCACGACUAAUCCAUACUUGGCACUAACCUUGAGGUGUCCAGCUGGCAGUCCUGGCGUCCAGGUCUCCAGCGUCGGGAACAGGCUCUGGGCCACUCUUGGGCUGUGUGUCCCUGCAGGGCAGAAUGUCACUGGAGACCGCGCUCACCUCAACAUUGGCCACACCCCUUAAACCAGCCACCUGGGCCUCUGAAGAUGACAUUGUGUUGACCUCCCGGCUUGGCCUUCAGGUCGAAGGCUGACGGCUAAGGAAAAGGCUUUGUGGAAUUUUCUAAACGCAGAGGCUCAGAUCCCACCCCGGGCCUCGGAAUUUUCUAAACGCAGAGGCUCAGGUCCCGCCCCGGGCCUCCUGCUUCCCUCCAGGGCUGACAUCUGCCCUCUCAGUCAGCAAGAGCUCCCUCAGCUGUGCUGUGCCAGGGUAGGAGCCAGGGAUCUGGGGCUCCCCUCAGGAGGGUUGUAUCCGGACCACUGCAAGCACUGCCCUCACCUCCAGUCCCGGCCCCAGGCCUUGUGCAGGGGUGGAAGGAGUGUGUGUCACCCCCAAGGCCUGUUGCCAAGUGUCUCAGAGCCUCCUGGCUGUGUCCUUUCUCUGACCCUCGAGAUCCCUCUUCCCAUCUCCCCCCGCCCAGACCAGGAAGCCACCACUCAUACACCAUGGCUGUGACACUUCCCUGCGCCCUUCCCAGGCCAUGGCCCCCCUCAAGGCCUGGGCAUCCUCCUAGUGCUGGAGAGAGCGCCUUUUCCCCCAGGUCGUCCUGGGGGGUCCUGCCUCGGUCUGGGCUGCCGGCCCUUGGGGAGCGCAGUGCUCCCAUCCCCACCUGUCUCCACACACAGCUUCGCCGGGUGUUUCGGAGCCUCUGUCCCGGCCAGCGUGAGGCUGGCAUUGUUCGGCCUGUUUUAACUCUGUUCAGGUGCAGUUGGCACAUCCACACAGUGGCGCAUGGCCGCCCUUGCCUAGCUCUCCAGGCCUGGCCGCCGGCUGCCCACCCAUCCCCUUGCUGUCUCGUGCAGCCCCAGCUUGGGUCUCAGCAGGAAGGGCUGUUUCCCCGUAAGCAACACUCACGCUCACACGGGGCUUGGUUCCCGUCCCCCAUUCACCAUUCUCAGAUCCCCCAGUUGGCCUCCUGCCCCUGCAGAGCUUGAGGUUGUCCAAGCCAUGGAGCCCCGGAAGCUGCUGCGCCUGGCGUGGUUGUCACUCUUCAGGGUCCCAUCUCAACCGUGAGCCCUUCAGGUGGCUCCCAAGUCCUCGCAGGUGGCCCAGGGCGUGCCUGAAACUGUGCUACACUCAGGCUCUGUGUGUUUCUGGUUCCAGACCUGCAAACGGUGUUUGGCCAGGACCACAGGGCCCUUGGUGGGCAGCAGGUCCGUUUUUAAGCUGAAACCCUGUACGUCUACUGUUCGUGGCUGUGUGGAGCUGCCCCUCACGCCACAGCUUCCUCAUCCAUACGUAGGGGUGAUGUUGGCAAAGCCUCGGGGGCUCAGGAUCAAAGGUGGCGGCAGUGUCCUGCCAAGUGUUCACAGCUGAAGAGACGCGCUCCCUGAACAUGGCAGUUCCUGUUCUGAUCGCGCGGGUCUCCGUGAUUCCGCAGUUCCCAGAAGGCAGCCAGUGCAGCCUCCGGGUCCUCCGUUUGGCCAAGCUUCCCUUUCCUAGAGAGCAGUGCAUUGGCCUGGCCAUGCAGAACAAAACACAACUCAGAAAUCCCUCCUCAGCCCUCGGCAGUAAAACUUCUGAGGAUUCGACUUUUUAGUUAAUUUGCUCACUGUGGCCGCUCACUGGAAAA